ACGGUUGAUGAAGUUUUGCAGUUUUAUGAAUGAUAUGAUAGUGUUUACAUCUUUCGUGAUCCUGGGGAUGAGCCUUUCGGCUCUCGGUGCCCCUGAGGUGACCGUAUCCCUGGGGAAGAUGGUAGGGGAGACGUUGCUGUCUCGGGAUGGGAGAGAGUACAGCGCCUUCCAGAGUGUUCCGUACGCAGAACCGCCCGUGGAUGGGUUGAGGUUUAUGGUGAGUGUCAUUUAUGGUUUUCUUCAAUCAAUGUGCCUAAAAAGUCAAAGCAGAAUAUAAAUAAAACCAAAAUAAUCGGAAGAUUCAGAGAGUCAGAAACAGACAUAGAAGCCGGCUGAGCUGGUUAACUUUCAUUCUUGUCGAACCAUCGAAAUUAAUAGUUGGAAAAAUAAAAAAAAACAUUUUUUAUUUUUUCCGUCAAUUUCGGAAUGUAUUUUAAUUUGUGAUAUAUAUUAUAUUCACAGUAUUGUUCUUUUUGUGUAUCCUUUUGCUUGUCAUCCUUUGUUCUUUCCUCGCCGUCCAACACUUUAAAAUAAUUCGUUAUGAGAUUUUUAUUUCUCUUAUUCAUGUUGUUGUUUGUUAUGUUAAAAUUCUUUUUAGGUGUUUUAUCUCGGCUAUCAUCUUUCGCGUUGUCAUUAUUUUUAUUAUUUAUAUAUUUAUACCACAGUUUUUUAACCAUUUUUUGUGGAUACAAAUUACUCACCAUAAUAUUGUAUAUAUUGUUUUUAAUCUUCUUGUUAUAUUUUGUGUCUGUAAUUUUUAUCGCUUUAAUAAUCAGAUUAACGGUGGUAUUUAUAAUCUGAUGUUUAGGGUGGUUCGAGUAAUAAUUUAAUAUGAGAUCACUGCAUUUUUCUUACCUAAUCCAAUAUGUUUCUAUUUGAUUUUUUAUUUAUUAUGAUAUUAAUAUCCAAAUAUCUUAUAGUGUUAUUUAUAGGUUUUUCUAUUGUAAAUAUGAUCUUAUUGUUGCCAUUAUUUAAUAAUUCAAACAAUUUUUCGCAACUACCAUGUAUUUUUGGACUUAAUUUUAUUGCAGAAUUCUUUUCAUGCCGUUUCUUAAAGCAUUUGGAGCUCCUCAGGACUUUCUUACUAUUCAAUGUUACUAUAACCUUUGGAAAAGUGGAUUAUUAUUAUUCCAAAAUAACUCAAUAAAUAAUAAAAAUAACUUUUAGAUUUUACUCCUUUGUAAGAAAUAAAUAAAGAAAUACUCCUCAAAGAUUUUUAUUUUAUAACUCUACUUUGUUCUAUAGUUAUGGUUCUACUUAAUUUAAGGAAGUCUAGUUUGUGCCAUUUUGUGUAGUUUCAACGGUUCUAAACUCCUGUUAAUUUUUGUAUCAUGUUUAAGUCAAAACUACUUUUGUAAUUUAUAACAAACAAAAAAAUCGUGGGCUGGAUGUUAGGCGAAAAUUUUAUUUUUCGGUUGCUAUGAAAAUUCGUAGUUAGAGAUAGUGGAUAUAAACAGAAGGUGCAAGUGGCCCAUACAUCUUUUGUUUGAGAGCCCUAGGAAAAACAAUGGUUGAAGAGCAUUACCGGUUCAGUGUUCCCAAGAGUUCCGUUUUUGAACCAUUGUUUUUCCUAGGAGCCUUUCACACAUAAAAUACAUUCAUGCUGGAUGCAGGAUGCAUGUGCGUCUUGUAUCUUGAUGAAAGGGCUCUCAAACAAAAGAUGUAUGGGCCACUUGCACCUUCUGUUUAUAUCCACUAUCUCUGUUUAGUUUAGUACGUCAGUUUGAAAUAUGAAUGAUCAAUCCUACUCUUCAAGCGACGGAAUUAUAAUUGUGUCUUGUACUUUCAGAAGAAGACAAAGACAAAGAAGGAAUAGUUUAUGGCAGCAUCACUACGUGAACAAUGCAGCAGAAUAUAGCCCUAUUGUUAUUGCGUCACAGCAAUUACUGAACCAUCCAGUAAAGUUUCAGGCUUAUUAUAAAAUGGAGAGUUUUGUAAACAGUUAUUGGUCACAUGGAACCACACUUGAAACACUUGGAGCGGGGCAUGAGGAGGUGUAAGGGGCGAGUACAACAAAGAUGCCCGCUGAAAUCUCCAGCCGGCUGGUUCUCAAGAGGCAUGAACGUCUUUCAUCCAGAAUGCUACGCACUUGCAUCUUGUGUAAACCUCUCGUCCAAUUACAUGAUCUAAUGUUUUAAAUGCAUGCACCUUGCUACUUACAUCUAGGAUGCUAGACGUACUUGCAUCUUCUAUAUGAAUGCUCUCGCUUAAUUACAUGGUCUAGUGUUUUAGAUGCAUGCAUCUUGCAUCUUACAUCCAGGAUGCAGGAUGAUACGUACUUGCAUCUUCUGUGUGGAAGUUCUGUUAAAUUUCAUGGUCUAGUGUUUUAGAUGCAUGCAUCUUCGGUGUGAAAUGGACUCUAGGAUAAAUCAACUAUGAUGUAAAUAACGCCCAGCACUUCAAAAUUCAGAUAUUUGCAGAAUACAUUAUUUGGGUUUCAGUUUUGCUAGAAAACAAUGUUGCAAUCAUCGCAACCCACAUUUGGCUAAGCUCGUUCCCUCGAGUUAUUCCACUUAAGGGCUCCACAACCAGCUCAACCUUGGGAUGGUGUGCUAGAUGCAACAGUUCCUAGUCCACCUUGUUACCAAAAAUCUUUUCUUAUGUCUCAAACAGGAAUGCAAGGCCAGGAGGAUUGUCUUUAUUUAAAUGUUUAUACUCCAAACUUAAAAGCCUCAUUGCCUGUAAUGGUGUAUGUCCAUGGAGGUGCCUAUAUGUAUGGAUGGCCUGGAACUGCUAUAAAACCAAGUUAUUUCAUGGAUGAAGAUGUGGUUGUAGUUGGAAUAGCAUACCGUCUUGGAAACUUGGGUUUUUUGAGCUUUGAGGAUGAUGUGGUACCAGGAAAUUAUGGGAUAAAAGAUCAAGUUCUUGCAUUGGAGUGGAUAAAACAAGAAAUAAAGAACUUUGGUGGAAAUCCAGAAAUGAUAACAGUAUUUGGAAUCAGUGCUGGAGCUGCUUCAUCCCACUAUUUAUGUUCUAUCCCAAAAGCACAAGGUUUACUCAAAGGUUGUAUAUCACAAAGUGGAGUAGCUGGUACUAUUUGGUCACUUCAUGCACCUGGUGAGGCAAGAGAAAUGGCUCUCGAACUAGCAAAAAAACUAAGCUGUGAUUCAUAUUCUGGUUCUGAACUUCUAACAUGUCUUCAGGCUCAGCCAGUUGAGUCUUUCAUUACUACAGCUGAUAUAGAACACAUAACUAAUUUACCAGUUCCUGUCUUGGAGAAACCUUCUGACACAGCUGUGAUCACCCAAUGGCCUACAGGUUACUCUGAUUUUCCGUGGAUAGCUGGUGUUAUGGCAAAUGAAGGACUCCUCAUUACUGAAUAUGUAAAGGACUUUGCAACACCAUUUCAAAAAUUAGGAUUUUAUUUGGCAGGAAAUGUGCUGGUAGCAAAAGCGUUACACUUAAAAGAUAAUGUUGUAAUAGAAUUACUUAAAAUUACUGAGAGGUUUUUUCAUUGGAAGGAUCUUCUUCAUCUAUUAUCUGACUAUGAGAGAUUUUUCACAGAAACAUUUUUUGAAUACCCAAUUCUUAAGGAAAUGGUGCGGCAUAAUGGUCCAAAGUAUUUCUAUCGUUUUCAAUACUCUGGAGGUCCUUCUCUCUGGGAACAGAUAUCAAAUAGAUCACUUCAAAUCGAUGGAGUAUGCCAUGGUGAUGAUGCAGCCUAUUUCUUCAAUGUAAGCAACUAUUUCAUACCAGAAGGAUGGCCUGGGCCAAAGGAUAUUGAACUCUCAAAAACAUUAGUAAAGGCAUGGGUUCAUUUUGCCACACAUCAAGUUCCAUAUAUAGAAGGAUUAGAAUGGAAACCAUUUGGAGAUUAUGCAAGUUAUUUGCAUAUCACAAAUGAUGAAAUAAAAAUGGAAAAUUUUUCAAAUUUCAAAGAAGUUAUUGAUUUUUGGAAUAAUAUUAAGUAACAUUAAUAACUGAAUAUGAUCCAACAGGCGAGCAGGAAAACAAAUGAAAAAAGUUUAAAUUGAAAAAAAAUGACAAGAAAAAAUAUAAUACAUGUGAAUUUUCAGAAAUAACAAUAAUUUUUUGUUUUUAAAAUCUUCUUAGUAUUUAAUAAAUUAAUUAGGCAUUAGUAUAAAAAAAAAAUUAAGACAUGCUAUUAUGUUAAUAAUAUAAUAUUAUUACAUUAGUUUGUUUCUUAAUAUGAUGUAAAUAAAUAUUUUUUAUUAUACUGUACAUACUAUUACUUUUUUUACUAAUAAAUUUGAAUAUUUUUAAUAAAAUAUGGAUCAUUUAUUUUCAUUCUCUAUUUAUUCUUCUAUCAAAACCUAUACAGAGUGUUUCAGGGUUAAGUGGCCAAACUGAAAGUAUGAAUUAAGGAUCUCAAAACAAGAAAAAAAAUUCCUAUGAAGGCAUGUCCGCAAACGCUUUGAGAUAUUGGCACCUAAAGAUUUUCUUUGUUAUGAAUUAUUUGCGUUGUAUUAAGUAAAUAAAACUUAUUUAUUUGUUCCACCUACUUUAUUAAUUAAAAAUGAACAUUAAAUUCAUAUUAAAUGUUGUUAAAAAUGAUUUUCUUGAGCAUUAAGACAAGCUCGGCAUCCUUCUUCAACAGCAGCAGUGGCAGAACGGCACUGGAUAUGUGUUAUUGUUUCACAAGAUUCAAUUAUCCUUCUUCAUAAUCCGUCAUUGACCGGACUUGCAUAGACUUUUUGUUUAAUGCCACCCCAAACAAAAAAAUGCAGCUGUGUCAGGUCUGGAGAGAAACAGUGAAUGGGAAAUGAGUUCGGCAAAACUUCAAGAAAUUAAAAAAAAAAUUAUAAAAUGGAACUCAUCAAACCGAA